AUGAUGACAGUGUUGGCCAGCCUCUUUGUAGCUCUCUUUGUAGCUGCAUCAGUGGUAACGGCUCGGGAUCUAGAUGUCAUUCCAGAACUGGGAGUUUACAACUUUGCCUCGGAAAUCCAAAAGAACAUUUGGACUUGUGUACUCUUUUAUGAUCCACAAGAUGAAUUCAACUUUGCAGACGGGGAGAUUCUAAUGGAGACUCUCGCCAGAGUCUUUGCCGGUGUGGAUCGUGUGGGGUUUGCCAUGUUGGACAUCCGAGCUCAUCCGACCUACCGAACUCAGUACAAGUUUCCCGAUGAUCCACAUCCUUUUAUAUACCAUUUCUACAGCCAUUUUCCAAAGGUGGAUCCUGACGACGAAUACAUGCGUGUGAGUUCCAGGACGUGGAUGAACUUGAAGGGAGACUUGUACUGGCCCUCUCGGUUGGCGCUGUUUGCCAAGGACUACAAUGUCUACGGCGAACUAGAUUUGGACUUUAACGGUGAAGUCGAAGCCAAAGGGGGCAUUUUGACUCACUGGAUUGCGAGUACGGUGUUCAAGGAACCAGAGUGGUUGCAUGUUCUUUUGGAAUCGCAAAUACACAAGGAACAGAAAAAAGCCAAACGAGCCAAGCGAAUGGACAAUACGUUUGCAUUUGAUAACUAUUUUCGAGAACAGAAAGAACAUGAAGUAGAAGAACAAACGAAUGCUACCACAAGCAGCUCAAACAGUCGCUUCUUGCUGGAAAGUGGAUCCGACAUGGAUGCGUCAACCGUUGCAAAUAAUACGGAGGAAUAUUACAAGCACGAGCCCAUUACCGUCAACGAUGGAAGCAACAGUGUACACUUCUUGUUUCUCUUGUCGUGUGUCAUUGAAAAGUAUCUGAUCGCUGUCGAGGGAUACGAAAGCCUCUGGGACGAUGACCGCAAAGCCAGGGAAAAUGAACAGACCAACUUUGGACAGUAUUAUGACGCCAUGGAGAACAAACUCAAAAGCCUCUUGGACAGAAUCUUUACAGACCCAGACUACCAGCCACCUGCACGCAUGGAAGACAAUACUACAGACAUGGACCAAGAAACACAACAACGACGCCAUCAAGUUCCGAUUGCACUAAACCAAUACUUGGACGAAAUGGUGUUUGGAUAUGCGCGAAAUCCAACCAAAUUGCAAGAGUAUUUGAACUACAUCUCAGAUACUUUGGGCCCCACUCCAGAGGCUCGUCGAAAGGCUCGAACGGACCCCCCUAGCAUUGCCAUGUUUGAUCGAAUGAGAGAGUACAUGAAACUUGUAGAACAAGUUUCCAGAGAAGAGGAUCGAUAUGUCAAUGUCUUGGCCGAUCUGACCUCGCAAUGGUACAAUCUGCUGGUAGAAUUACAAGACAACCUGCAGCAUUACUAUGUCAAUGUGUAUCUGCCCAAGAAUCCUCGUCCAUUGGGCAACAACUUUACCCGUCAAUCCAUGGAUGUCAUUGAUAUGGAAGAUCCUGCCAAUGCCAAGCUGCUAUCAGACUAUGAUGAAUUCAGCAAACGUUAUACGGUGCCGGCGACGCCCGUCAUUCUUUCCAAUGUGAACAUGACAGACGAAGUCUACUCCAUUGAAUACCUCCUGGAACAGUGCGGUUCCAUGGACGUCACCAAGGCUAUCCAAGUCAGCAAUCCGGUAGGAAAGAAGAGCACCGAUAAUUGGGGUGGAUUGGAAAAUUUCGUUUUGGAUGACGAUUUGGCUACUCAAAACAGAAAAGAAACUAUUGAGCUUGAAGAUGGAGACGAGGUGGAUGUGGUGCAGCGAGAUAUUACCUUGCAGCAGUAUGUCACGCUCUCUGACAAACUGGGGAACCUCUACUCGCACGAUAUGAGUUUGCCGGAUGACUGCGACAGCAUUCUCUAUGAGGAUACGUUGUAUGGAGGUCGUUCCAAGUUUCGACUACCGCAUGUAGUCGCCGGGUACGAUCUCUUUCAUCGUGUGACUCUGUACGGCUAUGCCCGGACUUGGCCGUCACUAUUCAUUGGCAAAAAAGGCUCUAACAGCAAGGUUCAUGUGGACAGUGGAGCGUCGGGGUUUUUCAUGUACCUGGUAUCAGGGAGGAAGCGGUGGGUGGUCUAUCAUCCAUCUGAACGGCCAUUCUUGUAUGAUCGAAUCAACCUUAGCGCGUUUGUUCCAGAUGUUCUUGGCAUGGACAAGUCCGAACUAGCCAAUGAAGUUCUGAGCAAGCGCUUCCCGCUUUUGCAUCGAGCAGAAAAGGCUUACGAAAUCAUCCAAGAGCCAGGGCAACUAGUCUACAUCCCACCCAGUUGCCCUCAUGCGGUUGAAAACUUGGAUGACAUUGUCGGAGUUGCCUUGAACAUGGCACCGCGAGAUGGCCUGGCAAGUCACGUUCACAAUCAAAUACAUGAUGACCGCUACUUUGGUUUCACUGAGCUUGCUUUGAAGUACUGGUUGUUUGAAGACAAUGCUAGAAAGCCCAUUGCUACGAAAGAUCCCCUCUAUGCGACCUUUGCGGAAUACAAAGCCCAAUACUAG